ACACCAUACUAAUUCUUUUGUUAUAGAAGUUGACUUUCGACACAAAACUCGUAGGGGGAUCUCUCCCAAGACCUUUGAUUCUUCGAUCGUUUGAAUACAGUUUCAGAUUUUCUGGGCAAAAUCUUGUGAAGAUCAAUCAUCGCAUCGUGUAUAUAUUCGGUGGAUUCAAAUCCUCCUCUAAACUCUGCUUAUAUACAGCCAUUUUGGUUUCCUCUCAUAAAUAGCUUAGCACUACAUCCAAAGCCGCCAUGGCUGUGUCUUGUAUCUGGCUAAUGUUCUUCUUUUCCCUCUUUGGCCAUGGUGUUCUUGAGCUCGUUGAGGCUUUCCACCAUGUUUACCUAAACGUACAUCAAACUGCACAAUAUUCUACUUCUGGGAAUCAGCCUUACCGAACUUCUUAUCACUUCCAGCCUCCCAAAAAUUGGAUGAAUGAUCCUAAUGGACCAAUGUUACGAUUGGGAAUCUACCAUCUGUUCUACCAAUAUAACCCAAAAGCUGCAGUUUGGGGCAGCAAUGUUAUCUGGGGCCACUCUACAUCAACGGAUCUCGUGAAUUGGACCCCACAUGAUCCAGCAAUCUACCCAUCACAGCAGUCUGAUAUCAACGGCUGCUGGUCGGGUUCCACCACGAUCCUCCCCGGAGGCCACCCAGUCAUCCUCUACACUGGAAUUGACACUGAGAAUCGCCAAGUCCAAAACUUGGCUGCGCCCAAAAACUUUUCUGACCCAUUCCUUAGGGAAUGGGUUAAGUUUAAACAUAAUCCACUACUGACACCCAAUUCCAAGAACAAAAUCAAUGCAACCUAUUUCAGAGACCCAUCCACUGCUUGGCUUGGCUGUGAUGGGAAUUGGAGAGUGAUCAUUGGGAGCCAAAAGAAAGAACGGGGUUUAGCAAUUCUCUUUAAGAGUAAUGAUUUUGUUCAUUGGGAAGAAGCUGAAAAACCACUUUACUCUGCUAAUAAGGACACAGGAAUGUGGGAAUGUCCUGAUUUUUAUCCAGUUUUGAUCAAAAGCGCACUUGGUAUUGACACUUCAAGUAAUGGUCCGGAUGUCAGAUAUGUGCUCAAGGUGAGCUUCUUUAGGACACCACAUGAUUACUACAUGAUCGGGACUUAUAACCCGGACAAGGAUAUCUUCAUUCCGGACAACGGACCAUUUAAAGACUCGAGCUUGAGAUAUGAUUAUGGAAAAUUUUAUGCCUCAAAGACUUUCUUUGACAACAAGUACCCACUCCACAGAAGAAUCUUGUGGGGUUGGGUAAAUGAAUCUUCAAGUGCCAUUGAUGAUAUCAAGAAGGGAUGGUCUGGAGUUCAGGCGAUUCCAAGGAGUAUUUGGCUCGAUAAAUCUGGAAAACAAUUGGUGCAAUGGCCAAUCAAAGAAAUUGAAACGUUGCGUGGAACCCAGAUUGAGUUGCCUUACCAGGUGCUGAGUGGCGGAUCGGUGCUUGAAGUUUCUGGUCUCACAGCAGCACAGGCAGACGUUGUGAUUUCAUUUGAAAUAAGCGAUUUUAUUAAAGCUGAAGUGCUGGAUCCAAGUUGGACCAACCCACAAGUAAUUUGUAGUCGAAAGGAUGCAUCAGUUAAAGGUGGCCUAGGGCCCUUUGGGUUGCUAGUUUUGGCUUCGGAAGGCCUGCAGGAAUAUACAGCAGUAUUCUACAGAAUAUUCAAAGGCCAUAACAAAUAUGUCAAAUAUGUGGUGCUGAUGUGCAGCGACCAAAACAGAUCUUCCUUGAAUCAAGAUAAUGAUAAGACCACUUAUGGGGCAUUUGUGGAUGUGGACCCUGUUCAGGAGAAGCUGUCACUCAGAAGCUUGAUUGAUCACUCUAUCGUGGAGAGCUUUGGUGCAGAAGGAAAGGCUUGCAUCACAGCUAGGGUUUAUCCUACAUUGGCCAUUAAUGAUGCUGAGGCUCACUUGUAUGUUUUCAAUAAUGGAACUGAGAAUAUUGGGAUCACCAGAUUGAGUGCUUGGAGCAUGAAGAAAGCUCAAAUAAAUUGAUCAAACAAAUUAAGAUCA